GUCACGGCGUAAACCUCAAAAUGUGCGGUUCGAUAGUUGAAAUUUGGUUUAUUUAGAGUUUUUUGGACACCCCAGCACAAUACCGUUUGGAAAAGAAGAGUUGAAAUUACACCCACUUCCGAGUGUCGGACGUACAGGUUCCGGAGCUUUUUUAUUUUGCUGAAGUUGUUCGGAAAAUGACGAAAACUUAUUCUCGCUGAUCGACAUCUGAAUGCAGUUUAAUCGACGAAUAUCGCGAGCAAAACACAAAAUUCUACGAAGAUUAUAGUUGGAUGGUCAACCGAAAGCGAAAGAAGAGAAAAAUUUUUACACGUUUGGGCAAAUGAAAAAAAAAUUUAAUUUCAACCCACAAAGUGUUUCGGGAUACGAUAAAAAAAGUGCAAUUUUAGUUUGUUUUUAUUCAACUUGUUGUGAAAGUGAAUUAGGUUCUAGGAAAAACAAAACAAAAACGAGGCAAACAAGCUGGUAGCACAUUUCCUGAGAAGAUUCAGAUGCUGUGAAUUCCGACCGAGGCAUCGCACAACAAAGGAGAUCCUCGUCAGUAAGCCGGGAAACACACUUGGAAAUUCCCUUUGCCUGGCGUACCGGGACUCUUUCCCACACACCACCGUCAGCGUCAUCACACGUGAACCGAUGCAUGAUCUAAUUUAUUGUGCCACUCCGAGGCAUUGAAAGUUCAAAGGACACAAAACACUGGUUCCCGGUCUUUCAUCCCAGCCAAGCAAAGGUACCCCGGCGACAACGGCUACCUGUGAACAACCUUCGCAGCAAUCGUAAAAGCCUUUCCACACCCCUUGAAGGCCACGGCAACCGAGGGUCGACAAAAACCAAAAAAAAAACCUUUGCAAGUAAAAAAAACAGGACCCGAGAAGAGGUUGACUGAAAACGAGAAGAAAAAAAAACAUUUAUCACCCUCUUACGUAUGAUUUUACGCUCCGCGCCUGUGGGAACUUACAAGGAAAACCGUGUCGAAAGUAUGCCCACUGGCAGAGUGAACCCGCACCAGCUCCCACAUUGCACGCAUCGGGAUCGAUGAUGGUGAUCGAUUAGCCCCGGACGGGACACAACCUGUAUGUUUCCGUUGGUGGUGACCGCACAGUUUUGGACCGUUCAAAAUUGUCUUUUUUCGGACCACGGUUUCGGGUGAUGGCAAAAAUAGGAAAGAAAUCGUAGCAAACAGGAAAAUAAAACUUUUCGGAUAAAUUGAACCAAAAAAAAACGUUUUUGAACUUCUGAUAAAAAAAAAACAUUGAUUCUAGUUUUUUCCGUUUUCGUGAGUUGAUAUUGCAGAAGGUUUGAAGUGUUGAGAUACAAAAAUAAUAAUCAGAACAGUAGUAAUACUUGGCGUCAAAACAACUUAAACUUUCGGAUUUGUAGAAGGAGAAAACCUUUCGGGAACCUGAAGUGUCGAGACAAAAUUGUGAAUAUUUAUGUUUAGUGUCAAGGAUAAAUAACCAACCAAAAAAAGAAAAAAAAAACGUAGAACCAAAUUACAUUCGAUAUUAGUUUGUGCUUUGUACUAGAAGAAGGAAAAACGGAUGUCUGAAAUUUAAAGCGAUACGAAGAAAAACCGAAAUUUGUGUGCGAUUACAUUAGAAAUCACAGAGUGAAGCAGUGAUCGAAGCUGAAAAUCGGAUUUUAAAACAAAACUUUCUUCGAGCAGGAAGCACUAGGAAAAGAUUAAAAAACCCAUCAUCAUCCACGACAUUUGAAGAACGGAUCAGUCCCAACCGGCCGGUACGGAUGUGAGCAAUCCCCCUUUGGACGCAAACCGAUAAGUUGCUCUCCGAUCUGGAGAGUGGCAUGAAAGAAAACUUUGAAAUCAUGACCGACCAAGAGCACUACAGUCUUCGGUGGAACAACCACCAGAACCAUAUUCUUAGAGCAUUCGAUACCCUACUGCAGACCAAAACACUCGUGGAUGUCACACUGGUCUGUGCCGAGACGAGUAUAAGGGCCCACAAAGUCGUCCUGUCCGCCUGUUCUCCCUUCUUUCAACGAGUAUUCUCCGAAACACCCUGUAAACAUCCUGUGAUAGUGCUGAAAGACUUCCGCGGAUGGGUUGUGCAAGCGAUCGUGGACUUUAUGUACCGCGGUGAAAUCAGUGUUCCCCAGGAACGGCUAUCAGUGCUGAUACAGGCCGGAGAGUCGCUACAGGUCCGGGGACUGGUUGAUCAUCCGGUCGCAGGAAACACUCCAACUCCGGCGCAGUCUCCGGAAGACUUCAGCCUGUUGGAUUCUUCGCUGAUAUCACCAACGUCGCCAUCGUUACCAUCACCAAACUUCAACCAUCACCACGCUAGACACUCGCAUCAGAACUCAAACGCACCGAGCAUUUUAGGUUCCAGCACUCCAAAGUUGCUGCUACCACCGCAGGUGUUCGCCGAUCCCGCUUUGAACCUACCCAAUCCGGACAUCUGUACCUCACCGAUGCCACGGCGAAAGCAAGCUCGUCCGCGAAGACGAUCCGGAGACUGUGCCCCACAGGAUCUCAGCAGCAAACCUGCCAGUCCAAUUCCACACAAUCUGGAUGGAAAAGAAGAUGCGGACAAUGAUAUUGAACGUGAAGAUGAUGACGAGUUGGAAGACGAGGACGACGAUAUUAAGGAAAUCCUGCGAAGAAGUGAAAGCGAAGAUCGAAAAGAAACGAGACCCCACAAGACUCCCAGUAAAAGUGAAAACAACGAAAGUGACAGUAAAAAUAACUCGACGGCCUCGACGGCUACUUUGUCUGGAUUGGAUGGACCGGAGAAUCUCUGCAUGAAAAAAUCCCUAACAACUACUUCGAAUAGUAGCUCCAGUGGUUUAACAAACAGCGGUCUGAACAACAGCGGCUCCAACAAAGACAGCAUUUCUCGGUUAUCGGAUCUACAGAACUUGAAAGACAGUCCUCCGGAAUCCGCCAUCGGUCGACUAUCGUUGAAAGACAUUCGACAUCUGAACCGGUCCUCGUUGGUACGUUCGCUAAGUUCCCUAUCGCCUCCACCGUCGUUUCACCUGAAUAACAACCCACCAUCGGGACUAUCGCAUGCCGAAAAACGUGUCAAGCUGGAAGAUCGUGACGAUGAUCGUCUCGGUGACGACGAAGGAUCCCAUUUUUUAGACCACAUGGAUCUUGCUCUGGCCUCCCACCAACACCAGCUCGCACACCUCGCGCAUCACAACUCCUCGUCACAGCUACGACCACCGGGUCUUACGCCGGAUGGCGAUAACAACAACAGUAACAGUAGCAAAAACAACAACAGCAGCAACAACAAUAACAACAACAACAGCAGCAGCUCCGGUUCGGGAAAUGGACCCAUCGGGCGGGACCAUGGUCCCUCGUCGGGUGGCAUGGGAAAGGACCGCCACGGUCCAAAGGAUUUUUUACACAGCCCAACGCUAAAUUUUCCGCCGUUCUUCAAUCAAUCGGACGGGCCACCGCGGCCGCCACACUCGCCGCUCUCCUUCCCGCACAUGGCGUCGGUUUCGUCGCUGACGCUGACACCACCGCACAUGUUCGGUCUGGAUUCUCCGCUAGGCCUCUUUCCACCGGGCAUGGAUCCGGGCAAAAUCUACAGCCCACUGAUGGAGAUGUCCGACCCGCGUGGAAUGCAUCACGAUGGACCACCAUUUCUGAAAAAGAAGCUAAAUCGACCGAAAGGACAGCACUCGGCCCCGCGUGGAGGUCCGCCUCGAUCGUGGACGAAUGCGGAACUGACGGAAGCCCUACAGCAUGUGUGGAACAAAAAAAUGACCACCAGCCAGGCAUCACGAAUCUUCGGCAUUCCGUACAAUUCCCUGCUGAUGUACGUCCGUGGCAAAUAUGGCAAAAGCUUAAAAUUGGAGCAACUGCGAAAAGAUUGUAUAAGUGGCCCACCGAUUGAACUGCUUCAGAUGGGCAUGAACAACAAUAACAACAAAGAUAAGAAGGAUGGUUCUGACAAGGACAUACCGCUCCACCUGGGUAAUGGAGGGCCUAACGAUGGACGAACUGGCGGCGGAAAUGGUGGUCCGGAUCAGCGUGGGCCUCGGUCGGCUUCCUCGGAACCGGAUCUACUCGGUAGUCCUAACCCUCUGUUUAAUCCAUUCCCACCGGGAUUCUAUCCGGAUUUCCCCGGUGGAUUUCCUGGUCUCCCCCUUAGCAUGCUGAAUCUUUUGCCGCCGGACCGACACGGGCCGCAUCAUCAACUCCCGAUGGGCAUUGACGAAGACUGCAAAAGUGAUCGAUCGAAGCAGUCCCUGGAUGAUGACUACCCGCAACCGUUAGCCCUGAACCGGUCGUCCUUGUCCGGUCCGGAGCGGGCCGACGGUGGACCCGGCGGUCACGCGGCCGAUAGCCGAAGGGAAAUCUACCAACAGAACGGACAGGACUAAUAUUUAUACUUUCUUGACCGCCUCAAGGCAAUGCCACGGUAUCCCAAGUGGGUAGGUUGAGAAAGUCGGGUAAACGAAAGAGCGCAAAGGAAAACAGAAACGUGUGAACAACUUCGAAACAAGGAAAGUGAAAAAGCAAUUCAAAAACUACCUUCGGCUGUGUGAUAUUGACGAAAGAAAGAAAAAAAAAGCUAGCGCGCCCGGCGGCUAACCGGUUCGUGUCUAGGCUAGCCAAUGACCGCUAGCCGUCGAUGAAGCUGCGUUCGACGGCUGUAAAAAAUAAAAGCUUCACCACCCAACGAAGCGAAAGCUGAUUGAACAGAGCAACAAGCGAACGUGAUAGCGUUAGGGUUUUUAUUUGAACGAUUCCUAAAUAUGUUUGUUUUAUAUUUUGAGUAUAUUAGUUGAAUCAUUAUUUAAAGCAAUGUUAUAGUAGAAAAAAUGCAAUAUUUUAUUUUAACUAAAAUUCUACCUUACUAAGUUGAAAACUAUUUUAUUUUCUGGCAAGAUUCUGCAGAGGAGCAGCAUACACGUGAACAACUUUGGGGCAAUAUUUGUAGUUGAAAAUUGAAACGAUAGAACGUGCGAUAGAACAGGUAGAAUCGCAGCAAUUAGUUUUUAAUCAAUUUUUUUGACAUACUAAGCGAAUUAGUUUGGCGAGAUGGUGCUUUAUGGGAUACAAUUUAAGUUUACUCUGAAUCUACUUGCGAGAGCCAAACGAUUGCAAAGGAUACAACCCUAACAACAGAACAGAACUUACCGAGCGAGAAGUUAUGAUUUUUCUUCAACAAAGAUAAAACUGUGCAGUCCUUCAGAUGGAAUACAAACAAAACAAUAGAACUACUAAUUAAGAGAUAAACAAACGUGCUUCCUGAGUAUAUAAGUUAAAGUAUAAGUUUUAAAAUCCAUUUACAGUGAACUAAGCAGAUUGAAACAAAACAGAUCUAAGUGAAUAUACAGCAUAACAGAGAAACAGAGGGUGGUAAAUACGCAUACACAAAUACUACUACAAUAGCUAAUUUAUUUAUCAAUCAUAACUAAGUGAAUCGUAGUGCUGUUAUCGCGAGAGCAGUUAUGUACACCAUAUUUUAUUUUGAGUAGUAUAAUUUCUAUUUUUGUUGAAGCUAGAUAUGAUUUUAACGGAAAUCCCGCCCCUCCUUCGAUAGUUAUUUAGUAUUAUUUUCAACCUACACAGACAAACACUAGAAUGGUAUUAUACAUUUUGUAUAUUUUUUAGUUUUCCGCACACCAGCGUACUUCCAAGCAGAAGCAACGGGAACCAACAAACGAUACAGUAUUAAUCAAAUAAAAACAGCAAUUUUUAAAUGAAAUUAUUUUCCUUGUUUUGUUUUAUUUUUUCGGUUAAUUUCACGUCCCCCCAUCCCUUACACCCAACAGCCAGAAUCAAUGAAAGACUGAGCAAGCCCUGUUAUCUGUUCCGAUAUUCCGGUUACGUAAGAUCGAAACAUUCCAACAGCCAAGCGUAAGUUGAAAGGCCAAUCUUUAAACAUUUUUGUUGAUGUAAUCAGUAACAAACUGAGUAAAAACCGAAACACAGACGGAAAAUAAAACUAAGUAAAAAAGAUCGACCGUGUAACAGUCGAAAUACAUUCACCGUUAGUGAAAGAUAUGAGGUUAGAAUGUGGUCUAGCCUAAACUAAAAGAAAAAAAAAAAUAAAACAAACAAACGAAAAUCGCAGUAAAAAGCAAAACAGAAUGGAACUAAUUUUAACUCGCAUUACAUAGGUUACUACUACUGACGGAACCAGUCAGGCUAUAAAUCGGUUUGCAAUCCAGAAUCCUUGAGUUAUUGAAACGGUAUUCUAACCGUCUUAAAAAGGUCAGAGCAAACAGAAUAAGCAAAACAUGCGUCAAAUGUCUGCAUCUGGAAGUUUGCAUUCUCGUUUAUAUUGUUUACAUUAAUCGACAGCCGAUCUGUUCCAGUACCUCAAGCUACUAAUAAGAAAAGAAAUGAAAAUUUAUAAUUGAAGAUUGCAAUUUAAACUAAACACAAAACUACAGAUGGUAACACAAUACACUAUUUUUUACAAAAUAAAGUAAACGAGUCGGUUUGUUAAAGUUUCUAACUUCAGCGAAACAUAAGUUCAAUGGAAGCUUUCCUACACGCAAAAGCAGAAAUAGUAGGGAUCAUACACGCAGAGCGAGACCGCAAAACAAUAGUUCCUCAACCAAACCACAAAUAUCCAGUUUCAAAUAUUGGUAUACAUACAAAACAAAUGGAAACCAGCAAACUAACAAUAGAAGACCAUUCGCAUCAACACAAAAAAACACUGUUUUGUUUUAGGAUCGAUCGAUCGAAUGGGUGCGGGGGUUGUUGCCACUUUAAGUGUGAUUCAGACGCUCCGUCACGGUCCAAAUUAGUUGAAUUAUUGCAUUCUUAUGGAGACAUUCACACAUAACGUCACCGUCACGGAACGUCAAUUUUGAAAGUAGCCUUUCGAAGUUUUCCAGGCGAAAUUGCGUCAUUCUCUCGCCGUACGUGUCUUGCUUAUUUCGCUGUUCCUUAUUUUUUUGUUUGACUUUAUUUGAUAUUCGUCAUUCCCGCAUAUGCAUACAAAAAAAAACGAAUCCUGAAAUUGUAUUCCCCUUCAUGUGAGUUUUUUUAUUGAAAAUAUAAAAUCAAGGCGCUAAAAAUGUAGACCCGAUUCAAAACGGUUCUACCAGUCUUGUAUGGCAAGAAUGCUGUAGAAACAGGACCAACAAUAAAUGCUAGGCGAAAUUCUAUGCCAGAAACGUUUGUUGAAUUGUUGCCAGACUUUUGCCGGAAUUGUGGUAAAAUCCCGGCGAAAAUGUUUGGUAAGCAUUGCCAGCCGUUUGGGGGGAAAAUCUGCCGGCCGCGUACAAGUGGGUCCAAGUGCAAUAACCGAUUAUGACUACACUCAAAAUAAUAAUCAUGUUAUAGUUACGCGAAAAGUUAUGUGAAUAUUUUUCACCCUACUUUUCACGUAGGUUUUAAUGGACUGGCAUUUAAAAGCUGUUUAAUGCAUAAUUCAGUAAAGUUACGUGUUUCAUAGGUAAAAUGUAAUAUACUGUUCAUAUCACAUUUACCUAUCAGUUCAUAUCAAAUUUAGAUACCAGAGAUAUUUCAGAUAUUUCAGAUUUUUAUAUAAAUCUAUUAAAUGAACAAUAUUAUGAAAAAUAAAACAUUUAUUUCAGAAAAUUAGCAUGGAGUUACAAUGGCUGAUAAUAAAAAGCAACUGAUAACGUCGUGUGAUCUCGAAUCGACAAGCCGCCAGAAAUCGUUUUUGUUGUCACUGUCAUCCAACCGAAAUCGAAGUCGAGAUCCGAGAACUCCCACAUUUACAUGAGUCCAGUGUCUCUAGCUUCCUACCGAUUUUGAACCCGUGUUUCGGUGGACCAACGGCCUGUUUGAAGCAUUCGGCCGGAGCGGGCACACUACCGGGCUCACGCAGGCACUGGGUCCAGUCGAACAAAUGGAAACUUUUAUACUGGAAUGGUCCGGUCGAUGUAGUAAAAAUUGUAAUUAAAUAACAUUUCUCGCAAAUAAUUACACUACUUACACUUUGAGGGGCUUUGUUCGACAUUUCUUGACGUUUGGUCAAUUCACGUAAACGCCAUUUUUUGACGUUUUUUCAAUUAACGUAAACCUAUGCAUUUUAGGGGGUGUUCGUAUAACAUUCAUUUUCAUUACGUAAUAUAUUCAAUUUAACAUUUGAAACAUUUUACGUGAUUUUUCAAGUAAAUCGAACGUGAAUUUAUAUUUGAGUGUAGAACCCGCUCGGCCUUCUGGCUACCUGGGCAGCCAUGGCCACCAGACGGCUACCAAAAUUGUGUCAGUGACGGCUGUCAAAUCCAAUUUUGCAAAACAUAGUCGCCUGUAUCUUAGUUAGCCGAGUGUUUUCAUCUUUUCACUUUCACCGAAAAUGUCAAAGAUUUCGAUGUGGAAAAAUCCUGGUGGAUACGGUUGUAUCGUUUGAGUUGUAUGUCUGGCAGCGGUGAGGCAGUCGGUAACCAGAAUAUCUGCCAGCCAUAUUUUCCCGCUGGCAGCGUUUAGUCAGCCAUCUGGCAGCAAUGUGUAUGCGGGACACCGGAUGUUGCGCUUGAUUCGGAAUCUAUCUAAUUCAUCUAAGUAUCGUAAUGAAUUUCGUCUCAAAUUUCGGACGAUUUAAAUGGGUUCAAUUCGGUUUCGACUCAAAUUGACGAAAAACUGUCCGUGAAACUGAAUGUCAAUGGGACCCCAAAAUCGGUUAGAGUGAGAGGAUCGAGCACUGAAAAACCGACAGUCGAGUAAAGUUUUUUCUUUAUCUGUGUCGAUACGCAAUUGUACCCGAUUAAAUCUUCCGACAUUCUAAAUGAAUCUCGACUCAAGUUCAUCAACCGGUUUCAUCGGAACGAAGUCGCACAUAAAAUCACGAUGCGUGUUUUGUUUGACACGGUUGAUACAAAUUCUGCAGAUUUCUCGUGCAAGUGAUAGUUUCUCUUCGAUUAUUGUGACAAGAUUAUAAAAAUUUUUGUACAGAAUUCUACAAUUCUGUUUUAAUGUCGAAGGUUUCGGGUAUCAUUUUAUAUAAAGAGUUAAGUAGUAAAGUGGAAACCUCUUUGUAAUUAAUAGAAGAUAAAUUAUACAAAGAGUAACUGUCACUUGCUUUCACGGUCAUUAGCAAAAAUUUAAAAAUUGCAGCGCUGUGAUACUAGCACCGCUGAUCGGACCAAAGUGGUUCGCGUAAAAUUCACUGGGAUCGUAUUCAAUCGGUCUUAACCCGCUUUAAUGGAAUUUCGGCAGCCGAUAGAAGCCUAGCUAGAAACCGGCAUUCUCUAGUUGGACAUGUCUUGCAAAAACGCCAUUACUCUAUUACACCUCUGGAACCUACGUAGAAAAAAAAGUACGGGUGUGUAAUGUCAGAGACAUAACUGGGUGUCGUGAAUACGAAAAAACUUAAAUGCUUUCUUUUUACUUACAAAUAUCAAUUAGUUGAUCGAUUAUGUGAAUUGUGCCAGUUUUCCCUUUCUUCACUACUAUAAUUUGAAAGAUGCACCUGAACUGAGUCGGUGCUAUGCAUUUUAUAUAAAAAAUCAGCAGAAAAUUCCUACAACUUCGAACUACAACUGGUUGAAAAAAGGCCGUAUAUAGUAAAGUAAAAUUUCGCAUAGUUCUUUGGGAAUAUGUUAAUGGUUCUAAAAAGAACCGAAUCGAAAAGUUCAGGAAUUAAGGACUGAACCUGAGUUCAAGAGCUUAGGACAGAAUUAAGUUGCAAUUUAGUUCUUGAGUGAGUUGGCAGUGCAUGCUUUGAAUUCUAAACCUGUAUUCUGGAACUAAGUUCCUGAAACAUAGUUUUGAAAGUAAAUUCCUGACCUGACACCUGUCAACCGAAGUCCAAAUGAGAGCACGACCUCAGCAUUUCAUGCUUUAAACUUGGUUUGUUCUUACUAAUGUCGGUGGGAAAACCUCACCUCGACAUCCAGUUCCGUCUGAAGCACUAGAAGAAAGAAACGAUUUUCAAUCAAAGUUUACCUGUCAUACUCGUCCAGUAGAUAAUCGGAACUGAUAUGUGCCUGACUACCUCAAAACCGUCGUCCGGGUGCGAAAAAAGCAAGCAAGCGUGAUGAAUUUUCCUCAUUAUUUUCAAAAGUUUCAGAAAACUCUGUUUUUCAGUUAUUUAUGGUUAUCUCAUGCUUUUGAAAAUUUAACCAUAAAUUCCUGAUUAUAUUUCUGAUAAAUUGUAGAGAAAAUUAUGUGGCUGGGUUAAGUAUAUCAAGAGAUAUUUGCGAUAAAAUUCUGCCCAUUCUUAUAUGGGGUAAAUUUUGAAAAGGCGCCCCUUAGUAAAGUAAGUCGUAUUCACGACAAAAUCAUGAGAUAAGGUAAAUAUAACUACCCAACAAUCGUAUUAUAGGUAUGCAGUGGACAUGUCGAUCCUAUUGAAAAACGAUUCUUGCAUGGUAACAAUCUGGUAGAAACAGUGCCGUCAAUAACCGCUAAGUGAAAUUUUCAGCCGGAAACGUUUUUUGCACUGUUGAUGGACCGAUGAGGUUCGACAUAAUUCACGGGGUAUUAAAAAUUUCCUACGAUAUUUUGACAGAAGGCAGAAAUGCUCUGACGAAAAAGUCGUCCAAUCGAGUAAAUCUAAUUGACAUCUCGUUGAUCGAUGCUAUAGACGUUUCUGGGAACAAGUAUGCUAUUUUUGGAACAUGUUUAUUGAACAGCUAGCAAUCAUUGAUAGCUUAAUUCGUUCAACAAAUUCGAUAAACAAUUUGUUGUUGAACUAUUUUUAUGAUGUUUAUAUUGAGCAUUGGACAUUUAUUAUUGAUAUUAUUGGAGGAUUCGGAAUUGUUCUUAUUACAUAUAUUUUUGAACUAAGACUACGUAGCUGUAAAAAGCUUGUGCUAUGGUUAUGAAAAUAACAAUUUUUCAUUUCAAUCAGACUGAAUGAACAUACAGCAAAGCAAAGUCAUGGCAUUACAGCGUACAGAAUCAUUGCAUGGCUAGUCCUACUGACACUCUGAAUCCUUCCAGGUCGGGGCUCGAACAUAUCACAACUGGCCUGUACGACCACCGCCGUAUGCAUUGAACAGCCCAGGUCCAAAAUAUAGAUGCAUAUAUUUUAAUAGAUGCUGCAAUGUUCAUAACAUCUUACCUAUUUAUGGAAUGCAAUCGGAAUUGAUUGUUGCAUUUGAUUACGAAUCCAUUUGGAAAUCAAAUUGAACACGGUUUAUGGUACACUAUCGGCCGACGUAGGUUCAAGCGCAGAGGUGCCAGAUCUGCAGAUUUGUCUGUAAAUCUGCAGAUUUUGUAUAUAGUGGGGUACACAUUUUUUGUUGUGCAGACUUUGGAAAAUCCAGUUUUUCGCAGACUUUCGUCAAAUUUACAGACCUUUGAAAUUGCCGCAAUCAUUUUUUUUUUGCUCGCCAACUCCGACUUGAAUGGAUUUUAAUUUUUAGUCGAAUCGUAGUACUAGUCAUGCAAUGAUUCUGUAUGCUAUGAAUCGGCUGCGAAGUCUGUUGAAACAAAAAGGCCAAAUUCCACAAAAGGAAAGUAAUGCCAAGACUUUGCUUUGUGUGACAAAUAAUGUCACUCACUUUCUCGGAAAAAUGGCUGGGCCGAUUCAAUUUCGAGGCUUUGUUCUAUACAAAAUUCCUAAACUUUAUCCGAAUCAAAUACCCAGUUUGUGCACAAAUUUUUCUCGGAGCAGCUUAAACGGAUUUGAACAGACUUAUUUCAGUUUCUAGAUCCAGAUAUAGAGGUCAAAUCUUCAAAAGAAGUGGAGCUCAUACCGGGGACGGUAAAACCUACACAAUUAGAAAAUCUUACAUCUUCUUAGAUCCACAUAAAAGGUGUGUCGCGAUUCACUUACAUUCACAAUACAAAGCAUGUAAAGAUAAGUCAUAUCAUUAACUUCACAGUUGAUUUAGCUGAAACUUACAUUUAUACAAUCGCAAAAUUUAUUUUUACAUGUUAGUAGAUGUAAUAUUGUGUCAUCACCGAAGAAAUUACGGCAUAUUUGAAUUUACGUUAAGCGUAAAUUUCAUUUUUUCUAAGAGUGUAUCUUCUAGGCUUAGGCUCAAAUAAAAUAUCUUAUUGGGACUUAUUUUGAGGAUAAUAUCAGCAAACAACAAUGGGCGUUUCCCCGAAAACAUUUACCAGCCGACAGAGCUGCUACAUGUCACUAUCAACUAGCAAAGUUGCACGAUGAAGAUUGGAAAGCUUAUGUCACUGGACUGCUGCCAACCAGGCUCUACCAAUCAUCAUAUAUUGAGUGUCUGAGAGCCGAUCUGUCAUAACUUAAAUACUCUUGAUAUUACACUCACCAGGACGCUCAUUGAUUGCGAUGCGAUUGAUAUUAUCUUCAUUUCUCCACUGUCACUGUUUGAUUACGAUGUGACUAAAUAUUAAUCAAACAGCAUAAACAUUGAAUUAAAACCAUUUACACCAAUAAACUCCGAAGUCCGAUGACUUUUUGGAAAACACAAUGAACUUUAUCAAUUUAUGUUUAUGUUAGUACUCUCAUGAAAUUUUUUUACUUCAACAGGGAAUAGGAGAAUGAGAGAGAAAACAAAAAAGUCGUCUGUCUUUGACUGAGUAUACUUCUACUUCGUCAUAGAACUAUCGAGUAUCUCAUUUGACAGACACUUUGAUCGUACCGAUUACAGUUGACGAUGACUUUAGUCAGUCUGUUAAGGUCAUUUGACAUGACACAUGACAAUUUGCAGCUCUGCCAGCCGACAGUUGUUCUGAUUUUCGAAAAAAUCAUGUAAACUCAUGCUUAAGCAUGAAUUUACAAACAUUUCGUAUUCGUACAUUAAAAAUCUGUUUAUAAUUGCCAUACCCAAUUUAUAAUCUUUGCAGUGGUAGCAUCGCAGGCUCUGCUAAUCACUGGUUAUUACAGUAAUUCGCAUCGCUCGGAGGGCAAUUAGGUUUUGCACAGGUUUAGGAUGAACACCAUUUGACAGCUAUCAGUGGUUUGUUUACAUGAUCAUUCCGUAUCAUUUCAUUCUGUUUCAUGUUAUUCGUUUUCUCAUUCCAUUGGGUUCCUUGUCAUUCCAGUCAAAACAAACCACCGACAGUUUAUUUGUGUCGUCAACGUGCAAAACUAAAUAGUUACGCCGAAUGAACAUACAUUCAAAAUGAAAAUUCCCGUAAAAUGAAAUUUACUUUUGUAUGCAAAUUACUUUGUACAAAAAAACCGCACCAUUGUGCAGUACUUCUACCUCACCUGAACGAUCGAUGUUUUCAGUUUAAUUUACAGAAAUAUAUUGUUCACAUUAACAAUUAACAGGAUAAUCUCUACAAAUAGGAUAAGGUUAAAGAAAAUGCUCUCGAAUAAUUGAAAUGAUUCGAAACACAGAUUGGAAAGAACUGAAUAAACAAUGCUUUUUAAUAGUUCUCUAAUACAUAAAAUAGGACACAUUGAUUAAACGUUUGAUGUUUUUAUAUACAACAUUAACAACAGCAACAGGAACAAUAGACUUGGAUUUUUUUUUAUUUUCAUUUGUCGAAUGAGUCCUAUUCCCUACAAUGCAACGAUGGGAAAAUCUGAGGAUGCCAAGGACAUUACAGCAGUGCACUAUAGUGUAUACCAGAAGCAAAAGACAGAUACGGCGAAAACGUCACAGUGAUAAACCAAAAACUUACCAAUAGAGCCAAACCAUAUAUUUUUAUUAUUUACAGUGAAACAACAACCAAUAUACAAGUCUUGCGACAACAGUGCAUUAAUUAUCCCUUUGAAUAAGUGAAUUAGGGAAGAUCCAGAUAGCAAGAGUUAAGAAUGUUUGCCGAAAAUUAGUUCGUUUCCUUUCUGCACCAACUUUUAACCGUAACUGCAAAAAUAAUUGAAUGUUUAAUUUUGGCUGUAAAUUCGAGAACAGAGCGCUGUCUCCCAAAGUAAAGCUAAAUCGUAACAUUAAGCGUUGUACAAAAUUUAUUCUAGAACUGAGUGUCGUGAAACAAACCAAACCAAUAAGGCAAGUUAGUGGACAUUUUCUGUUGAUGAUAAUAACAAGUUAAUACCGAGCCUCCCUUUGUUUUCUGUAGAAAUUAUCACCAAACGAAAUAUGUUUUGCCUAGUAUACGAUUUAAGAUCUAAAUGUCACUCUGUUCAAAUUUUCUCAGAUAGUGGAUUCUAUCUAUAAGACUUUCCGGGAGAUGAUCAGUGAACCAUUCCAUUGAAACUCAAGCAUGACAGAAAGAAGUUUCAGUUAUUUUGCAGAAAUGCUAAAUUCUUGAAAUAAUUCAAAUAUGCCAGCGAGAACAGACAUCCGUACUGGGGAAGAAUUUUUUCUCAAUAAGAGAAUAAAUUAAGCAUUUAUCAAGACUCUCCUGGAACGCCUUACGGGUUUGUAUUGAAUUCUAUCUGACUUCAUCCACGAACAAUGGACGAACAAUGUUAAAAUCUUAAUCGAAACAGGUCUCGUAGUGUCAUAUUCCAAAUUGGAACGUGAACAAAGAAAAAUAAUAGGCUAAAUUAAAAAAAUUCUGUAAACCACAUGUACAAAAUAACGUAGCUACAAUAAUAGGAACUGAAACAAAACUACCGCUGUUUUGGUAUUUAUGUUUUGUUUCUCUGGGAAAUAAGCCCACAAUCCGUUCCAUACCAUAAAUUUUGUUUUCAUGUUCAGAUCAGCAGCAACAGAUGUUAAUCCUUUAUAAACAACCUCAGCAAACCAUUUGCAGCAAUAGACAAUCGGAUUUCAACCGCAACAACAGGAACUACCAUAUAUUGCAAACCUACAGCCCUACAAGUACAUUUUCAAAUCGGAGCACCCCUCGUUAAACUACUCAACUACUAUUUUGUUUACAUUAACUGUUUAUACUGAAUUACAAAUUAAGCUGCUGCUCAUCAAAUGAAAAAAAAAUAACGGAAAGAAUAAAACAGGGUAAUCUAUUGAAUUUCAUAUACAUUAAACGAAACAAAACAAAUCGAAACAAACAAACAAGAGCAGACAACUUAAACUACACAAUGGAAAAAAUAAUAUUAGAGCUAGAUACUACAUAGUAAACACAAAUGAAUGAAUGAAUGAUGACUUGAUGAAAUCGGAGCACAAACUAGUUUGAAUAUUACUUGACAGUCGGAUGUCAAAUGACGGAGUUGCGUGAUUUCGCAGUAGAGAAAAUUGUAGAGUGAAUGAGCAAAUAUACAGUAAAUAUUUGUAAAAUGUAAUUUUUCGAUAUGUGAUAUCAACCUGUACUGUUAAUAUUAUAAUCAAAGUACUUUUAAUUUUUCAAACUCAGUUGAGAUAUUUCGAACUUUUGGUUUUUAAACAUAUUUGGUACUAGAUCGUAUUGACGUCUGUAAAUAAAAAUCGAAAAUUUCGGUAAGGUAGCGGUAACAAAAAUGUGCAGAGAAUAUUCUUUGGUCGAAGAGGAAAAAUAGUCACACACACGGGUGUGGAAUGUAAUAAGUGAAAAAAAUAAUGAAAAUUUAAUAACAAGACAAAGUAAAUCCAAUGUCGACUUGGACGUGAAACGAACAAAAAAACAUAAAUAAAUGCAGUUUUAGGCAAAUGGCAAACAAAACUAACUGUUAUUUAGGCACAAUUAUUUAAACAAAAAGAAUAAAAUCCAAAGUUAAAUGAUUUGGCUGAUACGAGAGUAACAAGUAAGUGUACGUGCACCCAGUGUCAAACCCACGGAGACACAUUUGUGUGUUUAUGAGAUAUUUCCUUUCUAUUUAAACUUAUUGAUUUUGAUUGUUUUCGAAUGCGUUCGCUGAUUUUUGUACUUAAGAAGUGAUUUCUAUAGUGACAGAUCUAUCAAAAUUGUAAAAUAAUUCGGCAAAAUAUAAGAACAAAACGAUACAAAAAAGAGUUAUUCAGAAAAAUGAGAAAAAAAACACAAAAAACGUAAUUUAACCUUAAGAACGAAAAUUAUAAAACUAAAUAAGGUGGAAAUUGUAAGAAAAAUAUUUGGCACUUAUUGAUAUUUACUGUUAUAUGAACAAUUAUG